UGUUCUGCGCGUGCAAUGUUAUUGUUUUGCCGCCAAGAAUUAUUAAUUUCUUCAAUUUCUCUUGAUUAAGUAUGUCUGCACCAUACCAAAGAUUUCUUAAAGUACUUGAGAAGUGGCCAGCGGAGCAAACCAAAGUCGGCAGGGAUCUGGGCGAGCAAAUUCGCAAGCAAGUAACCCGACUGACAGACGCCAGCAGCCUGAGUAACGAGAAGACUGCUGAGCUCAACCGGCAAAUUGACGCAUUGGAGCGACUCUCGAAGAACGUCUACGCCAAGAAAUAUCCGCGUCGCUACGAAUCGACGGCGACGGGUCUAACAGCCGCCCAGUGCAGCCAGGUGCUCAGCUCGGAGUUUCUGCAGUAUCUGAACGAUGGCAAGCGCAAGUAGGGCCAGCCACAUGAUGAUCCAAUUCCUGACUAGACUAAGACCAAUCAUAGCUGUACAACAACAAAUAAGACACUGCACGGUGCCAGUAACGCCAUCAACUCCAACGCCAACGCCGGUUGCAGCUCCACAUGUGCCUGUGCUCUGUCAGACGGCAAUUGAAUAUUUGGAGCCACGGCCAAAGGGAAAAUACAUUGAUAUGACCUUCGGUGCAGGUGGACAUACGCGUCGCCUGCUCGACAGCUGUCCGGAGGCGACUGUUUAUGCCUUGGAUCGUGAUCCCAUUGCCUAUGAGUUGGCGCAGCGUUUGAGCCAGGAGUCUGCGUAUGCUGGACGAUUGGUGCCGCUGCUCGGUAAAUUCUCAGAUUUGCCGCAGCUAUUAACUGAUCGCAAUGUGCCGCGGCACAGUUUCGAUGGCAUACUCUUCGAUUUCGGUUGCAGUUCGAUGCAGUUUGAUGAGGCUGCUCGUGGCUUCUCCAUUGCACACAACGGGCCGCUGGACAUGCGCAUGGAUUGUGGACGCAGUGGCGGUGUGAGUGCCGCCGAUGUCCUUGCUCGCAUUGAGGAAGCGGAUUUGGCGCGCAUACUGCGUGUCUAUGGCGAGGAGAAGGCGGCCAAGAAAAUCGCCCGUGCCAUUGUGGAGGCACGCGGCGCACUGCAACGCAUUGAGACAACCAGGCAGCUGGCGGAGCUUGUGGCCUCGGUGCUGGGCGAUGGACAGCGGCAGGAUAAACUGCAGAGGCCGGCGCAUCUGGCGACGAAAACAUUUCAAGCACUGCGCAUCUUUGUCAACAACGAACUGAACGAGAUCAACUAUGGCAUGCUGUUGGCGCAAGAGUAUCUGCGUGCCCAGGGUCGAUUGGUGGCCAUCACAUUUCAUUCGCUGGAGGAUACGAUUGUCAAGCGUCACAUCAAUGGCAAUGUAAUCGAGGGUGUGGCAAAUCCAUUACCGCUUAAGUAUUGCGGUCAUGAUAUCACCCAUGAUCCAGCUCUUCUCGAAUCCUUUGUGCAAUCCAACUGGCAACAGCUGCAUCGUCAUGUCAUUCUGCCCGAUGCCACAGAGAUCGCCAGCAAUAGUCGCAGCCGGUCGGCCAAGUUGCGUGCCGCAAUUAAAAUUAAGUAAUCAUUACAACAAUUUGUACACAAUUCAGUCAGGAAUAAAAAUGUCUGCCAUGCUUAACUGCA